UGGUUCUCUUCCGUAACGAUAUUAGCUAACUACCUGCUUAUAAGAGCUGUGAAUACGUAGGGGCAUCCUUACGGCAUACCUAUUUGAGUGCUCGCCAAAACACCUGGAACAGCUACGGUCAUGGCCUUCCGGAAAGCCGCCAAGGGGGCCUCCCUCAUUGGCGGAGGGGUCCUUGCCGCUCUCUACGGUUACUCACAGCUUUCGGAAUACAGAAAAAAGCAGGCCCGCCUGGCACAGGUGGAGGCAGCAGAACAAGUGCAGAUGGCCUUCCAGGACGAGCUGCCGUCACGACAGGCCCAGCUCAGCACGCUAAAGAACGCCGACGAGUUUGACGUGCUUGUCAUCGGGGGAGGGGCCACGGGGUCGGGAUGUGCCUUAGAUGCUGUUACACGGAAUCUUAAAACGGCCCUUGUGGAGCGGAAUGAUUUCUCUUCUGGGACCAGCAGCCGAAGCACAAAGCUCAUUCACGGCGGCGUACGAUAUCUGCAGAAGGCCAUCCUGAAAUUAGAUUAUGAACAGUACACGAUGGUGAAGGAGGCCCUCCACGAGCGCUCCAACCUUCUGGAAAUUGCUCCGCACCUGUCUGCCCCGCUCCCCAUCAUGCUCCCUGUGUAUAAGUGGUGGCAGCUUCCUUAUUAUUGGCUGGGGAUUAAGUUGUACGACCUGGUGGCUGGAACUCAGUGCCUGAAGGGCAGCUACGUUCUCAGCAAGACCAAGGCUCUGGAGCACUUCCCCAUGCUGAAGAGGGACAAGCUGGUGGGAGCCAUCGUCUAUUAUGACGGACAGCACAAUGACGCUCGGAUGAACCUCGCCAUCGCCCUCACCGCUGCCAGGUAUGGCGCUGCCAUUGCGAAUUACACCGAGGUCGUGCGGCUCCUGAAGACGGCCGACGUCUGCACUGGGAAGCAGAGGGUGUGCGGAGCACGGUGCCGGGACGUUAUCACAGGGCAGGAAUUUGAUGUCAGAGCCAAAUGUGUUAUCAAUGCCACGGGACCUUUUACUGACUCGGUGAGGAAAAUGGAUGAUCAGAAGAACCCCAACAUCUGUCAGCCCAGCGCCGGGGUUCACAUCGUCAUCCCCGGCUAUUACAGUCCAGACAACAUGGGACUACUGGACCCUGCCACGAGCGACGGCCGGGUCAUCUUCUUCCUGCCCUGGGAGAAAAUGACCAUCGCUGGGACGACGGACACGCCCACCGACGUCACCGCCCACCCCAUUCCCAGGGAGGAGGACAUCAACUUCAUCCUCACCGAGGUCCGCAACUAUCUGAGCCCCGACGUGGAAGUCAGACGAGGAGACGUUUUGGCUGCCUGGAGUGGAAUCCGCCCUCUGGUCACGGACCCCAACUCCAAGGAUACCCAGUCGAUCUGCCGCAACCACAUUGUGAAUAUCAGUGACAGCGGGCUGGUCACGAUUGCUGGAGGGAAGUGGACCACCUAUCGCUCCAUGGCUACGGAGACCCUUGACGCGGCGGUCAAGGCCCACGAUCUGGGAGGGGGGCCAAGCCAGACCGUGGGCCUGAUGCUGGAGGGAGCCAAAGACUGGAGCCCGACUACAUACAUCCGUCUUGUGCAAGACUAUGGGCUGGAAGUGGAGGUGGCCAAACACCUGACUGCAACCUAUGGGGGACGAGCUUUUGAGGUGGCUAAAAUGGCUCAAGUGACCGGGAAACGGUGGCCAAUCGUGGGCAAGCGACUUGUGUCUGAAUUCCCUUACAUUGAGAGUGAGGUCCAGUAUGCCAUCAAGGAGUAUGCCUGCACGACCAUUGAUGUCAUCGCCCGACGCACACGGCUGGGCUUUCUGAACGUGCAGGCAGCCGACGAGGCCUUACCGCGCAUCGUGGAGAUCAUGGGGAAGCAGCUGAGGUGGAGCGAGCAGAAGAAGAGGGAGGAGCUUGCUGCAGCCAAGCAGUUCCUGCAUCACGAGAUGGGCUACAAGGCUAAGUCCGAGCAGUUGACCAACAUGUCGGAAAUCGCCCUAACGUCUGCCGAGGUUGACAGGUAUAAGAAGCGAUUCCAUAAGUUCGACAAAGAAAAUAAGGGGUUUAUCACCACCGUAGAUGUUCAGCAGGUUUUAGAGAGCAUCAGCAUCCAGAUUGAUGAGAACACACUCCAUGAAAUCCUCAACGAAGUCGAUCUGAACAAAAACGGACAGAUCGAACUGAAUGAAUUCUUGCAGCUGAUGAGUGCUGUACAGAAGGGUCAGGUCUCCGACAGCCGGCUGGCCAUCCUUAUGAAGACCGUGGAGGAGAGCCUGGAGCAGCGGGAGCCCGUCUCCGUGGACAGGAGUGGCGGAGGUGUGUGAGUCCCGGCGGCUGAGCAACACCAGCUUCUGCUGUGUUACAACCCUACUCAGUCCCCUACUCAGUCCCUCAGUCACCUGCUCCACUCGCGUCUAACGGCUGUCUAACACUGUGUACUUUUAUACUAAAUGAGUUUCUGUCCUAAUAUGAUAUGAACGCCUUGCACCGGAAUAUUUUUUGUACUUUUGUAUGUUAUUGUAUUUUGGCAAUUAUGUUUCUUCGAGGCGGUUCUCAUGUCUAAAUAAAAGUGAGUGUAGUGUUAAAAUUCCAAUGUUGCUUUAAAAGGAAUGCAUUUCAAUGUUUCUAAAGCAUACUUAUUUUUUUCCCUCUAAACCAGUGUACUGUACUCCUGUGCCAUUUUACACUCCAGCAACUUUUGUAAAAUGAAAGCAAGUAUUAUUACCCGUUUCAUUUAAAGCAGCUGCUUGCAACGGGUAUUAUAGCACAGGAAGGUGUCUUACAAUAUACGGCACGAUAUAGAUUUUAUUCGAUUUUGUACUGUUGCAUAUUGGAAUGUGCAUAUUGUCUGUCGAACUUUCAGAAAAAAAAUUAAUAAUGCACACAAUGUAUUGUUGCUCUGUUCAUUCAAUGUCAGGGUGUUUUUUAUUUUCUGCCAAUUUUGUAUUUUUAUUUUAUUGUUUAUACAUACUGGUUUCUAUAUAUGCAAGAUAUUUAUUCAAUUAGUGUGCUUAAAUGUCAAACGAAAUACAGCCCUAUAAUAAGCAUGCUUAAAUAUUCCAAAGACUCGCAUAGAAAGUGUUACGUGAUUGGUUCUUGGAAGUGUUAUUGUGCUCGCUGAUUUUAUUAUGCAGAAUGGGAUUAACUAUUGUAUUUGAAGCAGGCUUUUAAUUUCUGGAUCUGUCUGUGCGGUUGGUAUUUUUAUUACUAUUAAUUUAUUGCUUCUGGUUUGCCGGGUGGGUCGCUUGCAUUUAUAGAGUAAUAAGAGAAUGUAUUUAAUGUGCCUUGCUUUCAGAUCUAGUAUGAAUUGAAAACAUGAAUCAAUAUGACUGAUUAAACUAUACAGGCCCCAGCUUUUAAGCAUGCUUAAUUUCACAGUACCUAUAAAUAACUUAAUUAUUGUCUUGCACUCUUUCAAAGCUAAGAUUUCAUAUGUUUGUUCCUGGAAUGAUUAUGAAUGAAAAAACUGUUUUGUGUGUUCAAAA